AUGGAUCGGACUGAAGGUGGGCUACGGCGGAGGGAUUCCUUCUACAAAGAAGCAUCUGGGGGCUACGAGACGCCAAGGUCCAAUGAACGGAAAGCAAGGGUCUCUAACGUGACCGGAAAUUCUGGUGUUUCUGCUCAAAACACUAUAGAGCAAGAUUCCCAGAGCGAGGAAGAUCGAGAAAACGCUUCUCGCCAAAUCGGAGAGCAGCUAAAACUCCACUACCUUCGUACGCAAACACCAGACCGAAUAGUUCAUCUACUCCACUCACCCGAGGAGAGAGAGCGAAAAGAAAUGUGGUUUGACUUCGGCCCACCCAGGACGUUCACUAGAAGCAAUUUCAGGAGACAUUUUGACCAUCUUCAAUUCGAAUCUGCCCUGCAGUACGUAGCUUUUCCACGGAUUCAUUUGGAAAACAAGAAAGACGACAUUUCCAACACACGGCAAAAGAGCCGGACGGAUAUGACUUUCUUCUUCAAUUGGCUGAAAGAAAAGGGGGUCAAGCGGAUCUUAAAGGUCAUUGUUGACGACCUUGAGCCGCCUCACCAUAGCGACGAAUCAAUAGAAAAAGCUUUGGAGUCAAUUGACGUCGAUGUCCUCGACUGGCGGAGGCCGGAUUUGGACCCAGUCACACUUGCUCGAGUAGGUAAAUGCCUACGAGAAGUUUACCUCCAGUGGAGUGGCAGAAAUACUGUGCUCAGAGCGUGGUCAGAGCCCGAUGGCUUUGCUAAAAUACCCACGUUAAAGUCGACCCAUCUCAAUCAGGUUGAGGAGUUGGAGUCUGGAAAAAGAAAUAGAGAAAACAUUGAAGAGUUCGAGAAGAGGCUUCGUAAGACAUGGCCGCACGAAUUGAGUCCACCUGAGGUUAUUCGCCCGAAGCCAACUGGCGACAUCUUCCAAGAGGGAGGUCUGCAACUUAGCGAUCAGCUAAGCCACAACGACCAGCGCCCAAUUGAUCCGCACAAGUGGAUGCAGUGCAUGGGGGACUUUGCUUCCUACUUCCGACAGAUUCAAGUGCUUCGAGAGCCUGUGACCGAUCAGUCCUUGGGUCCAGUUCAAGUCGCAUUGAUAGACGAUGGACCAGAUAUCACUCAUGAUGUUCUCAAGGGCUUCGGAUUUCCAGGACAAAGCUUUUGUCACUAUCGAGAAGGAUCGACAUCCGCCCUGAAAGCGCAAUACAGGUGGGAAAACCCGUUGACUGAAAGCCUUCCCUUGCCACUAUUGAGGUUCUCUAACAGAAAUAAGGCUAUCAAAUACGCAAUCGAACGAGGGGUACAUAUCAUUUGUAUGUCAUGGACAAUGAAACCGCCUUCAAAGGACUCUAUCAAGGACGCAUUUGAGGACGAAAUAAUCAAAGCUGGUAAGAAGGGCAUCCUCAUGUUUUGCGCGGCCAGUGACGAGGGGAAGACGGCCGACCAGACGUAUCCGCACAGCAUCGGUACAAAGAGUUUUAGAAUUGGCGCGGCAAAAGCGACUGAGGCGACCGCGAGCAACGUCGGCGAUGCGGACUGGCUGAGCUACACUUUCCCCGGUCACGAUGGAACCAUCGAAAGUGUGUACGGCACCGGCCGUCAAAAGCUUGAGGGCCACUCAGGCAGCUCGGUUGCAAAUGCCCUCGCCACGGGCUUGGCAGCCCUCAUCAUUGAAUGCGUCAGAUUGGGCAUCUUCCAUACCAGUAAGACAGGACAGCUCGACCCGACUGUGGCGAUCCAUAAAGAGGACUUGUCGAAGAUACGUAAACGCGAGCAGAUGGACUUCGCGCUGAAGUCUAUCGGGACAAACCGGAACACGGAACACAAAUACAUAGAGGUGUGGCAUAUCUUCAGUCGCGCGGCAGAGAGACUCAAGUACGAUUUGGAUCUAACCUCGCAGCUGGAGGUUGUUGCUGGGUUGGCUAGACACUUCUUGGGCAAGAACGUAUUUAUGUGA